CAAAUUUAAAAAUGUUUUUUGAGCCUGGAAUGCCCCCGACAAUGUCAGAUGGAAGAGUUUCUGUUCAAGCAAGAAAGAUGGCUUUGGAAGAUUUUACAAAAUUUUUAAGUUUUGGAGUUAUUGUGGAAAUUUUUGUUUAUGGAGCUAGAUAUUUUGGAUUUGACUAUUUUUUGAAUUAAUGUUUUGAAGAAAAGAAUGAGGGUUUACAAGUGAUUAUUGAAGAGAAAAUGUUGUUUUUCUUUUUUUGAUGGAAUCUCUAGAUCCACAAACUGCUCGAUUUAUUCAAGAACUUCGGCAGGAAGGUGAAAGACAAAAAUUUCACGAACAAGUUAUGACGAUUUGUUCAAAAUGUUUUGAUAUUUGCGCUCCAGAUGCUAGACCACCAAAUAGAAUGGAUGCAAAGUUAGAAAAUUGUAUGGUUAAUUGUGUUAAUCGAAUGGCAGAUGCUACUGAAUAUCUUGCAAAAUGUUUGGAACAGAAAAUACGUUCACAUUCGUCUGGAAAUGAUGGCGGUUU